AUGUUGUCAGAUAGAUUGCAGAAUCUGGAGACACUUUUAAGAGAAAUGAGGGAGGAGAACGAUAAGAAGAUUAACGAACUUAAGAAUGAGUUAGCAUGUGAGAGGGCUGCAAGGGAGAAGGAGGUGUCUUCACUGACAGUGCGACUCUCGCAGGCAGAGGAAUCUCUGUCGCACCAGGAAGAAGAAACAAGCAAGAUUUGGGAGAUCCAGUUGAAGCGGGAGCAGGAGGUGCACGAGGUGCAGGAGGAGGAGCGGCAGCGCAAGGAGGAGGUCGAGGCGCACCCGUUCACAGUCAUAAAGGUGUCGCGAGACAAGGACCUGUGGGAGCAGACCGGCAGCGACCAAACCUUUGACCUCGUAGACCACGAGCACGUGAGAAGCUUCCACUUGCCGAACCAGAUGCUGUUUGCAGACUUCCAAAGGGAGGUGGAGAGGGAGGUUGGUGUACCGGUAGCCAGCCAGCGGUUUUGGCUGGGCUUGGUGUGCGGGGCACAUGCUAUGGACCUGCGUCUGCUCUCCCAAUCUUUUCCAACCCCUUUCUCCCCUUAUCCUCCCGUCUCCUCCCCUUCUCUCACCCGCCUCCUCUUUCAGAACCGGCCAAUGGUUCCCCUACAUGAGAGGGCCAAGGACGACAUUCUGCUCUUUCUCAAGUUCUACAACCUAGUCACUGAGACGCUUAGGUACGUGGGUCGUCUCUUUGUGAAGCUUGGGCAGACUCCGGCCGAUGUGCGAGGGAAGGUCAACGAAAUUUGUGGCCUCGCUCCCACCGAUGACAUCCUGCUCUUUGAGGAGAUAAAGUUUGAGCUGAGUGUUAUGUGCGAGGCCCUGGACCGCACGGUCACAUUCAAAGGCGGGCAACUAGAGGACGCUGUGUGCAACGCUCCAACCCGCUCGGCCGAGAGGGUGUGGCGGCUGGGGCUGCCGGGAGUGGUGGGAGUGGUGGUGGGAGUGCGCUCCAAGGAGCACACGUAUGACGAGGUGGUGGCGAGGCUAGCAGAGGAGCUUGGGCUCAAUGACCCGUCCAAGAUCCGCCUCACCACACACAACUGCUACUCGGAGCAGCCCAAGCCCCGGCCAUCAAACAUCCUCUAUUUCGAGACGCUCGACAUCCCGCUACCAGAGCUGCAGAGCCUCAAGACUCUCCGCAUCUCGUUCCACAAUAGCAAGGCAGAAGAGGUGUCGGUGCACAACAUUCGGCUGCCCAAGAAAUCGACGGUGGCAGAUGUGCUUGCGGACCUAAAGUCCAAGGUGGAGCUUUCACACCCCGAGGUGGAGCUGCGCAUGCUGCAGCUGUUCAACAAUAAGAUCUUCAAGACCUUUCCUCUUACUGAGCAGAUUGAGUGCAUCAACGACCAAGUCAUUCAUGUGUAUCAUUUCAACAGGGAUGUCGAGGAGAAGAACCAGGCGCUGCAUACAUUUGGAGACCCGUUCUUUCUGGUGGUGGGGCGGACAGAGACCGUCGCAGAGUUGAGGCGGCGGAUCCAGGCAAAGCUGGGCGUGGCAGACAAGGAGUUCGCCGAGUGGCGCUUUGCUUUUGUGGCUCUUGGCAAGCCCGUGUACCUCCAUGAUUCAGAGGUCAUGGCUACGCGCUUUUAG